CAAACAAUAUUAUCGCCGCCGACGUCCGUCGUCCGUUGUCGUUUCCGCGAUCAUCGUCGCGCCGUCCGUCGUGAGUCGUCGUCGCCGCCGCCGUCGUACUCGUGUUCAUUCGCGUCGCGGCCAACGAUAAAAGAAUAUUACACGUUUUUAUUUUUAUUUAAUCAUUUUUUUUUUUCAAAACGCGUUUGUUCUCAAAAAAAAAAUACAAAAUACAACCGGUCCUUACACAAGUAUAGAAAAAAUUUAAUUAAAUUCGAAAAAAAUAACGACGUCUCGUCGUCGUCGUCGCGGGACAAACGUUUUUUUGUCUUCAAAAGAAAAAAUUAUACUGUUCCCGUUUUCAUCUCGUCGUCGCCGUCGUCCAAAAAACAGCACACAUCAAGGAUAUCAUUUUUUUUUUUUAAUAAUAUUGUCGUUGAGAUGAAUAAGAGUUCAUAAUGGGCGGAAUGGAUACGGAUCAACUAUAUUCAGUUCGGUGGAAUGAAUUCCACACUAGUAUUAUAACGUCAUUUCGACACCUGCUCGAUCAAGAAGACUUCAUCGAUGUUACUAUUGCUUGUGACGGCAAAUCGUUCACCGCUCACAAAGUCGUGCUCUCUGCGUGUAGUCCUUACUUCAGAUCUCUGCUCAAGGCAAACCCGUGCCAACACCCUAUUGUGAUCCUUCGCGAUGUCAAAAAACAAGAAAUGGAGGCGCUGCUGAGUUUCAUGUACAAUGGAGAAGUUCGAAUUAACCAAGAACACUUACCAGAAUUUUUAAAGACUGCUCGGAGUUUACAAGUGAGAGGACUUGUCGAUUUCACCAAAGAAGGUCAACCCUCGUCUUGGGGAAGUUCAAGUGUCGUGCCUGUAGAAAUGGUCGGCAAAAACAAGUCCAGUGAUCAUUUGUCUAGCCCGCCAUACAAAAGACCGCGUAACAACUCAGAAAAGUUAUCUUCUCAACCACCGACUCCUAGUACCAAUUAUAACACCGCCGAUAGAGAUAAAGAUACGACUUCGCUCCUCGUGCAAGCGUUGGAGUUGAACCAGCCACAAUCAAAUCAGAACAAAAACGCAGUCGAUUCAUCGGAAACCGGUCAUUCUUCCGACGAAGAAGACAUAAUUUCGAGGGAUUCCGACGGUAGCGGGGCUGUGAACAACGGUAUUCGGUCGGAUAGAAACCAACAAAACAACGACAUGCAUGGUCAGUCGCAAAUAUCGCAGGGACAACAUUCGUCGAAAUUAGAACCGGUGGAUUUUUUAUCGGCCAGCGGAAACAAUCACGACUUGCACAACACUUCGAUUUCAAUCGAACAACAGUCUAGGCAUUCGUUUCCCGCAUCGUUGUCGUCAGGAGUGUCGAUUAUAAAUAGUUUGCAAGGUCUACCCGGUCUCUUGCCAGGUCCGUCGGGCAUACACAACAACAGUCAAGAAAACAGCUAUGACUGUGGUGGGGUUCCAGGGGACGGCGGCGGUGGACCUACGAUGGGAUGUUACUUGAACGCCACCGAACCCAAACCAGUGUGUACGGAAUGCGGCCGCGUGUACAGCAGCGUGAGUAACCUGAAGCAGCACAUAGCCAACGUCCACUCGGCCACCCCGCAUUGGGAACCGUGUCCCGUGUGUGGCAAACACUUCAAGACGCGCCAGUAUCUGUUCAACCAUCUGCUGCAGACGCACGGCAUCCGUCAGAGGGGCAGCAGAAUGCACAUGCAGGCGGCGCCGCCGGGUGGAGGAGGAGGAGGAGGGGGCGGCGGCGGUGGCGGCGGCUCCCUGUCCAACCAUCCGUCGUCUGUCGCCGGCCCGACGACGGUGUCCCUGUUGUCCGGCGGUGGCGGCGGCGGUGGUGGCAGUGGCGGCGUCUGUUUUUCCACGGCCAAACCGCCGCUAUUGCACCACGCCUUGGCCGACAUCAAACCGCCGUUGUCGCACCACGCGGCCGCCGUUGCCGCAGCGGCAGCCGCAGCCGCCGCGGCCAGCGCUUCGUCGUCGGCCGACCACAGGGGCGACCAGCAGCAACAGCACCAACAACAGCAACAACAACAGCAACAACAGCAGCAGCAGCAGCAACAACAACAACAACAACACCAGCAACACCCGCAUCCCGGUUUGGGUUUUGCGACGCCCUCGCCGGCCGCCGUGGCCGCAAUGCGGGAACACCAUCGGCUGAACGCCGCGGCCGCCGCAGCCGCAGCCGCCGCCAAUUCGGAAAAUCUGUCAUCACAGUUUUACAUGCUUUCCAAAUCGUCGGCCGUCACCAGAUAAUAUUCGAAAAGUUCAUGUUGAUUGUAGAUAAAGAACAUUUUUUUUUAGAUUUAUUAAUAUUUUUAUAUUAUAUAUAAAAUAUAUUUAUAUAUAGAGUUGACAAAAAGAAACGCCCAAGACCGAAAGAAUCCAUUGGGUUAUUAUGUUGAAACCCAGCAAAUGUGUUUGAAUUUGGUUUAGGAAUUACCAAAAAAAAAAAAACUAAUAAAAAACCGGGUUUUUGCCUACUCUGAUAUCGCCCCCACGUAUUUUUGUAUUUAUUAUUAUUAUAUAUUAUAAAAAUUCUAUUAUGUUAUUGUCGCGACCGCCCAAAAUACUACACCAACAACGGUAAUAAGCUAAAUAAAAUAUCAUAUUAUAUUUUAAUUUUUCUUCCGUGUAAAAUGUGUUAUGCUUGUUGUUGUUAUAAUUAAUACUAUGAUUUUAACGCGUUAAUAAUAUUGUGUAAAUAUCUCAAAAAAUUCGGUUGUAACAACGUGUAAUGUGUAUAAUAUUAUAAUGAUAUAUUUUUAAGGGAUAUAAACCAUUUUAGAUCAUCAUGUCGGCGACGUUUAAAACGGGAAAAUGUCGAACAUUGUUUUGUUUUAAUUUUUUUUUUUUUUUUAAUCACUUAUUCGGCAAAAAAAAGAGAGCUUAUCAUAUAUAUUUUUUUUCUUAAUUUUUAAGUAAUGACAGGAAAAACGUCUUGUCGUCGUCCUUCGGUCCUAGUCUCUAGUCAUUCCCCCGUAAAGUUCGAACGUGUUAUUAUAUUAGCCAAGUAGUCUGUGAAAAAACAAUCAUUUUUUAUUAUUAUUAUUAUUACUAUUAUAUUUUAAAUAAUAUAUCACGAUAUAUAUA